UGGUAUAUGCUGCUGUCAUGCUCACUUGUUAAGCUGCUGCAGUGGACAUGGGCGCCUGCGCGUGCAGGAGGAUUUAUUCUCAAAGGUUGGCUGUUUAAAAAAAAAAAAAAAAAAAAAAAACGGGCUAAGCAGAGUGUGUGUGUAAAAGGGCAAAGAGGUUCCUUUAGCUUACAUGGGGGUGGUUUUAUUUGAAGUCACAUGUGUUUGUCUUCGGGUACAGUAUUUAUCUUGCAUUAAGACCAAACGUUCCGUCUGAGUCGGUACAUAACGUUACAAGUUAAUUCAAGGGUUCGUUUCCACUUUAUUUCAUCUGAAGGAGGACUUGAAUCUGAGCCCGCCUACACGGGGUAGUCUUUUCUCGCUCUGCUCUUUAAGAGAAGCGUAAUAAAAAACGGAAUAGUCUAUCAAAGUGCCGAGAAGUCGUGAUCGUGAUGUUAACCAUCGGAAGCCCGCAGUUCUGCCGCUGACUUGUCGAUGGUUUCGUGUUUACUGUGUGCUGGCGCUUAACACUGCAGCAGAAGCAGAGAAGUUGGAGGCCAGGUCGCGCUGCAUAAAAUCAGACCGAUCUUACCAUGCAAGCCGUGGAUGCAGACCGGGGCACGGCACCUUCAUCCCCGGCCUCACCGAGUCAGCCCCCAGCUGAACACGCAGUAAGUGUGCUGUGGUCGUUUGGAAAAUGCCUGGGUGCUCUACUACCUGUGUACCUGGCUGGGUAUUAUGGCUUCAGCAUCAGUCUUGUGCUGUUCGGGCUGAUGAUCUACAUGGGAUGGAAGCACAGUCGACUGGAGAAAGUGAUGAGGCUCAAGUCCGCUAUGUACCUUCAGGAGAACGAAAAGGAAUUCACCACAGAGAAGGUUUUCAGAGUCAAGAGCGAUUUGCCUCCCUGGGUCAACUUUCCAGAUGUGGAGAAAGUGGAGUGGCUGAAUAAGGUCCUGCAACAGGCUUGGCCCUUUGUGGGUCAGUAUAUGGAGAAGUUGUUGGUGGAAACCAUUGCUCCUGCCAUCCGAGCUUCCAGCAUUCAUCUGCAGACUCUCAGCUUCACUAAGGUCAAUCUGGGAGACAAGGCUGUGAAGGUGGCUGGUGUAAAAGCUCACACAGAACAUGAUAAGAGACAAGUCAUGUUGGAUUUGUACUUGAGCUAUGCAGGAGAUGUUGAGAUAAAUGUUGAAAUCAAAAAGUACUUCUGCAAAGCUGGAGUGAAAGGAGUCCAGCUUCAUGGAAAACUUCGUGUGAUUCUUGAACCCCUGAUUGGAGAUGUGCCAUUGGUUGGAGCUGUUACGAUGUUCUUCAUUCGCAGGCCUAAACUGGACAUCAAUUGGACCGGACUUACCAAUCUGUUGGAUAUUCCUGGACUGAAUGCCAUGUCGGACACUAUGAUAAUGGAUGCAAUAGCCUCCCACUUGGUGCUCCCCAACCGUCUCACAGUCCCCCUGGUGGCCGACCUGCACGUGGCGCAGCUCCGCUCCCCUCUCCCAAGGGGCGUUGUUCGUAUCCACCUGCUGGAAGCAGAGGACCUCACUGCCAAGGAUACAGUCAUCAAAGGUUUAAUUGAUGGGAAGUCAGACCCAUAUGCCGUGCUGCGUGUAGGAACCCAGAUCUUCACCUCUCAUCAUGUGGACAGCAACCUGAACCCACAGUGGAGAGAGAUGUAUGAGGUGAUUGUCCAUGAAGUACCUGGUCAGGAGUUGGAAGUGGAAGUGUUUGACAAAGACCCAGACCAGGAUGACUUCCUGGGGAGGGUCAAGGUAGAUCUUGAUAUUGUGAAGAAGGCCAGAAUUGUGGAUGAUUGGUUCAGUCUGAGGGAUGUCCCCUCUGGCAGUGUUCACCUGCGGCUGGAGUGGCUCUCUCUGCUGUCCUUGGCUGACCGACUUAGUGAGGUGAUUCAAAAGAACCAGAAUUUGACCACAAAGACUGCUGAUCCUCCAUCUGCCGCCAUCCUUGCCAUCUAUCUUGACCAAGCCCACGGGCUGCCUAUGAGGAAAGGCAACAAGGACCCAAGCCCAAUGGUGCAGAUUUCUGUUCAGGACGCAACUAAAGAAAGCAAGACCUGCUAUGGGACGAACAGCCCUGUGUGGGAGGAUGCUUUUACCUUUUUCAUUCAAGAUCCUUGCAAACAAGAUAUUGACAUUCAGGUGAAGGAUGAUGACCGUGCCCUCUCUUUGGGAAGCUUGACAAUUCCUCUAAACCGUCUUUUGGAGAUCCCUGAACUCACCUUGGAUCAGUGGUUCCAUCUGGAGAAUUCGGGUUCAGCAAGCCGCAUCUAUGCCAAAAUAGUGCUUAGGAUUCUGUGGCUGAGUGAUGACGCCACUCCCACUACUCCGUCUCCUCGCCCCUCAGCCUCCGGGUCCGGGAUGGGCCAAGGAGGAAUUACAUCAGAUCUGAAUCCUUUGGGACCUGGUGGGUUAACUAAACCUCAGCUAACACGGCCACAGCACACCACACCCUAUCCUGAGUUUGCAGCUGAGGGAGUGUUAAGAAUUCAUCUGGUGGAGGCCCAAAACCUGAUAGCCAAGGACAACUUCAUGGGAGGCAUGGUAAAGGGGAAGAGUGACCCUUAUGUCAAGAUCCGAGUCGCUGGCAUAACCUUUCGCAGCCACACCAUUAAAGAGAACCUCAAUCCUGUUUGGAAUGAGCUCUAUGAGGUGAUUUUGACGCAGCUUCCAGGCCAGGAGAUCCAGUUUGAACUGUUUGAUAAGGACAUUGAUCAAGAUGACUUUCUUGGAAGGUUUAAGUUAAAUUUAAGAGACAUCAUCAGUGCACAAUUGGUUGAUACGUGGUACACUCUAAAUGACGUGAAGUCAGGUCGAGUUCACUUGGUGUUGGAGUGGCUGCCCAGAGUCUCUGAACUGCCAAGACUGGAGCAGGUCCUGCAGUAUCAGUCCCUGCAGUCGUACCAAAACAAAGUUGUACCAUCAGCGGCUGUGUUGUUUGUCUAUGUGGAGCGUGCCCAUGGCCUGCCAUUGAAGAAAAAUGGAAAGGAGCCAAAAGCUGGAGCUGAGAUUAUACACAAGGGUGUUUCAUACAAAACCAAGAUUUGUGAACGAUCCACAUCUCCUCGAUGGGACGAAGCCUUUCACUUUUUAGUUCGUGACCCCAGAGAUGAAACACUGAUGGUCAAGCUAUCCCACAGCUGGGGCCAGGGUCUUGGGUCCUUGAUACUUCCUCUGAGAGAGGUGUUGGGAGAGCAGGCGUUGGUGAUGGACCGCUGGCUCAGUCUGGAUGGAGCUCUGCCAGAGAGCCAAAUACUACUGAGGGUUGUUCUGAGGGUCUUGGAUACUAAGCUGGCAGUAUGCCGUGGCACUCCAGUUGGAGCAAGUAACGAUGGUGGUGUAGAAGAAGUUGUCCCCAAAUGGGAUCCCUCCCAUCUAGACCUCAAACACAGAAGUGCAUUCUCCAUCAUCAGUGAUAACUCGAACCCAACUAGCCAGGUGAAGCUUACAAUCGGCUACUCUACAGAUGAAAACAGGCUUUUCAUCACCGUUCACUCCUGCAGAGGCUUGGUAGCCUGCUCCAAGGAUGGUGCUGACUCAUAUGUUUCCUUCAUCCUGCUGCCUGACAAGAAGGCCGCAACCAAGAGAAGAACUGCCACCAAAAAGAAGGACCUCAACCCAGAAUUCAAUGAGAGGUUUGAUUUUGAUUUUUCUUUGGAGGAGUCCACACAAAAAAAACUGGACCUGUCUGUGAAGAACAGCGUCUCCUUUAUGAGCAGAGAGAGAGAGCUUAUUGGCAAGUUGCAGCUGGAUCUGGACCAAAUUGACCUCAAGGCUGGUGUCACACAAUGGUACGAUUUGGUAGCAGAGACCAACUAGAAGAAGCCAGAUCAAUGGUACCAUAUAACAUUAGCGCUGCAUUGCUUCUGUGAUUUGUGUAUUCAGCUUAAAUAAAAUGUCCACUGUCACUUAAGAAAAAAGAAGAUGAAUAUGCUCCACAAAUACACCGAUCGUGAGUAUUUAUGACAAAAAAAGCUUUACAUGUAGCCCAUCAUUCGUAAAGUGUUAACUGUGCUGAAUCUAUACUGUGUUGGACAGAUAUUUUGGCUGAAUUGAUAUUUGAUAUCAAUGCAACUGUGUUGCACGAUAAACCAAUGUUAUAUGUCUUAAAGCAUGUAAAAGUCUUCUUCGAAUUUUAUUUUAAAAAGGGCUUAUGCUGCGGUCAGCAUCCUGCUGUAGUCAGGUAUGACUGUGUUUUAUGGAUUUUUAACAGUAUCCAACACAACUGAAAAUAAUUCAUUUUAAUUUAUUUUUUACAGACUCUUAACAAUUCCCAGUGGUUUUAGGUUUUAUUUGUUUAUAUUAUUGCCUUAAGUAUCACAAAACUAUUACAAAACUGUGCACAAUUUGUCAUUGUUUAUUAAAUGUGCUCCAAAUACAGUUUUAUAUGUUCUGAACAUUACUUUUAUAAAUCAAAGUGUUACAAAUCUUUAGACCCUCACUGAAACCUGUUACAAUACUGUAAGCAGUCUACAUCACUGUGCUUUUAUGAAGACAACAUUUGUAGCGUUACAGCAACCUAAGCUUCUUUGUGUUUGUAGGUAUUUGUUGUGCCAGUGCUUUCAACUAUAUCUAUAUUUUUUCAAGCACAGCAGUGAAAAGCUUAUUGGGUGGGGGGGUUGUGUGAACACUGAUUUCAGUAAAGAAAAUGAUGCUAUCUUAAAACAAAGAUCUGUGCUUUGACAUACGUGGAACAUAUCACUGUUCAUCUGCUGAAGUUGUUGAUUAAAGUUUGCACUCAUGAAUCAAA